AUGGCGCAGUGCAAGAGCGUCCUGGUAUUUGGUGCCACAGGACUCGUUGGCACUCAUAUCAUGCGCCAUUUGCUGGCCAAGAAAGCCAGAUUCGACCGCAUUGCCGUGUUCACAUCUCGCAACACCGUCGAAACAAAAUCCGAGGUGGUUGCCCAGCUGAAGGCGGAAGGUGUGGAGGUGAUAUGCGGCGAACUCACCAACGCCGACGAUGUCAAGCACGCAUAUGAAGGCAUCGACACUGUAGUUUCGGCCGUGGGUAGGAACAUGAUCGAACGGCAGAUCGAGUUGAUACGGUUGGCGGAUGAGGCGACUAGCGUCUCCUGGUUCUUUCCGUCCGAGUAUGGCACAGACAUCGAAUUUAGCUCAAAGUCAGCCCAUGAAGUGCCGCACCAGAAGAAGCUCAAAGUCCGUGCUGCAAUCCGAGGCUGUCAAAACCUUGACUACUCGUUCCUCGUGACAGGGCCUUACGGCGAUGGGGAUCCAGGUUUGUAUUUCAGCUCAAAUACUGGUGCGGAAGAAGCCGGCAGCUUCGAUGCGACUGCACGAGAAGCUGUUCUGUUGGGGGAUGGUAACGUCCCCAUCAGCUUCACGACAAUGAACGAUGUGGGGAAGUUUCUGGUACUCGCCUUGCUCCAUCCAGCGGCGAGUCGUAACAAAGUCCUCAAGGUGAACUCUUUCACCACGACAGAUCAUGAGAUCCUUGCCGAGUUCGAGGCUCAGACUGGUGGGACAUCGUGGAGAACGAGGUACACGAGUAUCGACAAGCUCAAAGACCUGGAAGCCGCUGCAUGGACGGCCUCGAACCCCUUAGCGACCCUGUUCACCCUGAGGAGGAUCUGGGCGGAAGGAGGCACUUUGUAUAGGCAGCGAGACAACCACAACAUCGACGCUGAACAUGUGGUCGACACUUUGGCGGACGCUGUGGCCGCUGCGAUCCUUGUUCAAGCGCAAGGCGAGAAGGAAGUCAAAAGGAAAUUGACCUAA